GCAGCCAUUUCACGGCAUUGAAAAUUCCAGGCUCUCUUGUAAGGAAAAGGAAGAAAAGCUUCUGGCUUUGAUACGCAGAAAUGGAGCAACUGCAAGAUGCCCAGAUUGAUCAGUUACCCAUUGACUUGUUGGCUCACAUAUUUCUUUUUUUUACUUCCUUCACUGAUUUGGCCCAGGCCAGUAUCGUGUGCAAGAAAUGGAAGCGAGGGGUAAGGGAAUCUCUGGCUCACAGAAGAAAUUUGAGCUUUGCCGGUUGGAAAAUGGAUGAUGAUACCAUCGCUCGCCUCGUUUGCCAUGCCUACAACCUUAGAGAACUCGACAUCCCAAGGAGCCGAUGGGGUUGCCAAAUCACUGAUAGUGGACUGCUCAAGAUAUCUUUGGCAAACUGCGUUGGCAAUCUCACAUCCAUAUCUUUGUGGGGUUUAACAGGGAUCACAGAUGAAGGUGUUGUUCAACUGAUAUCGAGAACUAAAUCCUUAGAACACCUGAAUGUUGGUGGAACAAUUAUCACGGACGAAACAUUGUUUGCUAUCGCCAGAAGUUGUCCAAAGUUGGAGUCCAUUGUACUGUGGGGCUGCCGUCAUGUUACCGAGAGUGGGCUUGUGGUAUUAGUUGAUGAGUGUCGGAAGCUCAAAUCGAUGAAUGUAUGGGGAACAGGUGUUCCUGAACACUGUCUCAGCAGCUUGCUUAUCAGAUGUCCAACUCUUCAGAUAAAAGUUUGAGAACUGAUCUGGGCCGCUUCUACGCUCUCCGUUUCAGGGACACUUUUCUUGUAUUCUUGAAUUCCUCUGCCAAGAAAACCGAGCAUAUGUGUGUGUUCCAAUCUCAUACCUUGCACAGGAAUUAUCCUCUCGUAAUUCUAUUAUUUUUCCUCCUCUUUCAAUGUGUUGGCACAAUGAUUCUCUCAAUUUUUUUUUUCUGUGGGUAUAAUAAUAAGAAUUCACCAG